GAACAUUGCUUUGCUCCAGUCAGACACCAUGAAGCACUUGACCUUGAUACCAGCUUUAUUUCUCUGCAGCUUUGGCUGCCUCUCUCUGUCGGCUACUGAGUCUCAGACGGUGAAGGUCCAGCCUGGUGAAGACGUCACUCUGCUGUGCUCCAACUUUUCCAGUUCUCCUGGUCAGAUAAUCUGGUUUAGACUAUUCAACGGAACCCAUCCGCGCUGUAUUUCCUCCAUUUUCAGUUCUAUUCAGCCCGCUUCACUCUGCAGUGGAGUGGAAAAUGGCAAACUUGAACUGACAUCCAACAGCUCGACUCUCUUUCUCAAAAUCAAACAUGUGGAUUCAUCUGACUCUGGGUUUUAUUUUUGUGGAUAUACCAUAAAAACACACCCAGUGAUUGUCAGCUCAACAUAUGUACAGGUUCCAGAAGAAUCUGACGGAACACCUCCUAGUAAUCUGCUGAGUUUCAUCCUGGCUGGUGUGACUGUUCUGCUUAUUCUGGUCAUCAUUGGUCUGAUUGUUCAAAACCGAAAACUUAAGACAGCUGAUAAACAAGAACAGAAUCCAGAGCAAAGUGAGGUGAAUCCAACUUUAACAUUUACUUGUAUGUAUGUAUGUAUGUCUAUAUAUAUACCAAUCUGCAAACACCAUAGCUUCAACUUGCCCGAGAGUCCUGACCCCUACCAAAAAUUUUCACCAGCCGCCACUGCGUACACACAUUCUAACAUCUUGGAGGUAUGCUUUCACCAGGUUACUCUUGACCCUGAUGACCUGGACUACACCACGGUUGCAUUUCAACCAAAUGUUAACAGAAGAGAGCCAGGGCCGGAGCCAGUGCCGGAGCCAGAGAUGUUCCUGGGGAUCCACACCUCGGAGGACCUGUGCUGGGCCAAAAACACCUCUGGCCUGGUUAAGAAGGCUCACCAGCAACUCUACUUCCUGAGGACACUGAGGAGGAACCACCUGUCCACCGCAAUGCUGGUGAACUUCUACUGCUGUGCGAUAGAGAGCAUCCUCACCAGCUGCAUCACUGUCUGUUCUAUUCAGCCCGCUUCACUCUGCAGUGGAGUGGAAAAUGGCAAACUUGAACUGACAUCCAACAGCUCGACUCUCUUUCUCAAAAUCAAACAUGUGGAUUCAUCUGACUCUGGGUUUUAUUUUUGUGGAUAUACCAUAAAAACACACCCAGUGAUUGUCAGCUCAACAUAUGUACAGGUUCCAGAAGAAUCUGACGGAACACCUCCUAGUAAUCUGCUGAGUUUCAUCCUGGCUGGUGUGACUGUUCUGCUUAUUCUGGUCAUCAUUGGUCUGAUUGUUCAAAACCGAAAACUUAAGACAGCUGAUAAACAAGAACAGAAUCCAGAGCAAAGUGAGACUCUUGACCCUGAUGACCUGGACUACACCACGGUUGCAUUUCAACCAAAUGUUAACAGAAGAGAGCCAGAACCGGAGCCAGUGCCGGAGCCAGAGGUUAUUUAUUCUGCCACCAGAUAGACUCAGGAGGAACUGACUCUGUAUCAUAUGAAUGCACUUUGAGGCUUGGCAUGGCUGUUUGUUAGAAGAAUACACACUGCUGCAGCAUCGAUACGUUUUUCCAAUAAAGAUCUGAUGUUAACUGA